GGAUAAUUUUCAGGCUAUUCAUAAAUAAAAACUGCAACUUGACACAUUAUUUUUGCAACAGGCAAUUCAGGCUGCAUUACAAAAGGUUAUAUAACUCAACUGUCAGAUGACUAGCUACUACUGAAAGACUUCCCCAGCAAAUCGAAAGUCAGAGAAACAGAUGAAAAGAGCCAUGGAGAUGCAAGAGAUCAUUAAAGAGGGGGAAAGAAACGAAGAAGAUGCAGGAGCAAGUGAACCAAUGCUGGAGGUCAAAAUUGAAGAGGAAGCAGAACCUGACCACUACUCUAAACUACAAAGUCCAUCUGAGGACGUCUAUUCAGAAGCUUUAUUUGGUGGCGCUCCGACUAAAACAAAAGCAGGCAAACAGACUGAAGGAAACACACGUCUGUACCUUGCUCUAUGUUUGUUUCUCACCAUAACAUGCCUGGUCCUGCUGCUGGUCGUCAUUGUCCUCAGUGUGAAGCUCCAAACUGGCUCCACAGUCUGCCCAGAGAGAGAGGAAACAACAGGAGGAGACAGCAAAAGUCCUCCAUUUGCUCCAACAUGCAGCCACAAGGAGUGCCAGGCUCUCCUCCCCAACAUUCAACCUCAAGAUGCCUCUCUCCUUGCAGAUGGCGGCUGUCAGCAGUGCGCGGAUGGGUGGCUGACUUUAGGCCAGUCGUGUUUUUUCCUGUCCACCUUCAGGCUGAGCUGGGAAGAGAGCCAGAAUGUCUGUAUCUCCAAAGGAGGGGCACUGGCGGUUGUUACCAGCCAGAGGGUUCAGAGUUUUCUGACCAAGCAAGGGAAAAUGCAAUACUGGAUCGGACUGAGACAUAAAGGAGCCACCUGGACCUGGGUCAACAACACUGGGCUGCGAGAGAGUUUUUGGGCAGACAACAGAUCAGAGGGGGAUUGUGGGAUCCUCAGCAGUGAAAGCCCACCUCAGAAUAACUGGAUCAAAGCUUCCUGCAAAGACUACACCUACUUCAUCUGUCAAGUGCAGCUCUGACAGCUUCUGUCUCCUUUCUAACAGAAAAAUGAGCAAACCAAUCCUCUGUCAACAAGCAGCAAGUCCUCCGCAUCAUUUCUAAUCAUGUCUCUUUCCACUUCAAUCAGUAAUAUCCAGCAAAGAAAAACAAUUAAGCUUUUUAUACUAUAGUUUGAAGUGUAACACUUGAAGAAAUUAUUAGUCAGAUUUUAUUGUAUACAUUAUAUUUUUGUGUAGCAUUGUGUUGACUUAUUUGUAUUUUAACUUGUCAGUUAUGCUUGUAAGCACUAUUUAGGGUACUUUACUCUCAUGAUUCUAUGAACUGCUGUUUGACUUUUUCUACAGAUGAGGGCCAGUAAGUUUGUUUCAACAAUAUUUUAUUCCAAUAUAAAAAACGUUCAUACAAAUACA